CGAGGAGCAGUCCAGCAGGAUUCAGGGGAGAUGGGGAGGACUUCUGCCAUUAGCGUGUACUGGUGGCUGUGUUAGCUCUGUCAUUAAGUUAACCUAGUUGACUAGGCUUAUUCUAACCUGCAGCACGAAUACAAACAGUAAAGAGCUGAAAUUUUCUCAACGAUACAGAGGUAUAAGGCAGCAAGUGGACUAACAUUUCCCUCGGGAGAAUAUCGACCGAGAUGUGUAACGACCUGGACUUGAUAUCAGGAAUCUACCUGGCUGCUAGUCUGUUGACUGACAGCUGGCACCUGGCUGCUUAGCUAGCUGACUAGCUAGCUAGGUGAGCUGACUGGGUUUUUCGGGCUCAUAGUCCGGCUCAUUGUGUAGCUAGUACUGAUUUUGGUAUAGAGUGGAAAGCGGCUUCUCUGCAUUAUUUGACUCCGCCUGCUGUUCAAACCAUGAGUUAGCUGAACAGCAUCAGGCAGCAGUGUUCGGGAUAUUUUAAGGUCCAGCUAGUUUCUCUAGCUUUUAGCUUGAAGCCAGCUAGCAGCAUUCAUUCAGCUGUUGAAGCGUUAACGCCAGCACCUCAGCGACUGACUCUGUCCAACUACUGUCGUUGUCGCGACAUUUAUACAUUUUUGGACUCGGUCCUGCUUUGGGCAGUGUCAAGGGAAAAUGAAGAAAUUUUUUGAUUCCCGUCGGGAGUUUGGGAGCUCCGGGCCUGGUCCUGGAGCCGGUGGAGGAGGCGCUGGUUCCGGCGGCGGUGGCAGCUUCAUCGGACGAGUCUUCAGCAUUGGAAGAUAUCAAGUAACCGUGGAGGAAACAAUCGCUGAAGGAGGUUUUGCCAUAGUCUUUUUGGUGAGGACUCAUCAAGGUGCACGAUGUGCACUAAAAAGAAUGUAUGUCAACAACGAACACGAUUUGAAGAUCUGCAAACUUGAAAUACAAAUUAUGAGGGACCUGGUGGGUAACAAAAAUAUAGUCGGCUUCCUGGACUCCAGCAUAACUGCAGUCGGAGCUGGUGAUGUGUGGGAAGUCCUGAUCUUAAUGGACUUCUGUCGAGGUGGCCAGGUGGUGAACCUAAUGAACCAGCGGCUACAGACGGGCUUCACUGAAGCUGAGGUGUUACAGAUCUUUUGUGACACGUGCGAGGCGGUCACUCGUCUACAUCAGUGCAAGACUCCAAUCAUCCAUCGAGAUCUCAAGGUGGAAAAUAUUCUUCUUCAUGACCGGGGACACUAUGUGCUCUGUGACUUUGGAAGUGCCACCAACCACUUCCAAAAUCCACAGACAGAAGGGGUGGCAGUUUUAGAGGAUGAAAUCAAAAAGUAUACUACGCUGUCAUACCGUGCUCCAGAGAUGGUCAACCUCUAUGGGGGAAAUGUCAUCACAACAAAAGCAGACAUUUGGGCCUUGGGUUGUCUUCUCUAUAAGCUGUGCUACUUCACCCUUCCAUUCGGCGAGAGCCAAGUGGCUAUCUGUGAUGGCAGUUUCACCAUCCCAGACAACUCUCGCUACUCACAUGAAAUGCACUGUCUUAUUAGAUACAUGCUGGAACCUGAUCCUGAAAAGAGGCCAGACAUUUACCAAGUAUCCUACUUUGCCUUUAAACUGGCUCGACGAGAGUGUCCCGUCCCAAAUCUACAUAAUUCUCCUAUUCCUGCAAAACUUCCUGAGCCUAUCAAAGCGAGUGAAGCAGUGGCCAAAAAGAGUCAAAACAAAGCCAGGCUCACAGACCCAGUUCCUACAACGGAAACCUCAAUUGCACCUCGACAGCGGCCCAAAGCUGGCCAGGCUCAGCCCCAGCCCAUAUCAGGCAUUCUUCCCAUCCAGCCAGCACUCACCCCACGCAAGAGGCCUGGUGUGGCUACUGGGGCACCCCAGGCUAUAGGUGUCGGUAUCAGUGUCCCUCCUCCAGCUUCAGCUGCUGUCCAACCUGCUCAACAGGCUCCGUCUGCUAACAUGCAGCCGCAGGCUACAUCUCAGCAUCAGCAGCUGCUUAUGAAGCAGCAGCAGCAGCAGCAAGCCUCUGCCUUCUUAAGCCCACAGAGCACUCAGCAGCAUCACCUGGUACAGAACCUCUACCACCACCAACUUCAGCAACAACAAACAUCAUCACAAGCAUCCAGUCUGCUGCAAUAUAAACCUGUUCCUCAAGUUGUUACCCUGCAGCAUCAACACCAACAGCAGCAGCAUUUAGUCCUUGAAACUGCAGCUGCCCAUCUCACACCCAUCCCCGAGUCCGCAGUUGUUGGUCCUGCAGCUCGUGGUCCAGAGUUUGUGACGACUGGCAGAGGGAUCCACAAAGUUGGCUCCCUGACACCCCCCUCCUCGCCAAAGACGGCCACCAAGAGUGGCCACAGACGUAUCCUUAGUGAUGUCACCCACAGUGCCGUGUUUGGGGUCCCCGUUAGCAAGUCGACCCAGCUACUUCAGGCAGCCGCAGCUGAAGCCAGCCUCAACAAGUCCAAAUCAGCAAGCACUACUCCUUCUGGGUCCCCCUGCUCGUCCCAACAGAGUGUAUACCAUCCAGGUGACGGGGACGCCUCCUCAGCACUCACUGUCCCCCACACUCAGCCCGCCUGGAAUCCUUUUGGCGACGAUAACUUCUCUAAGCUAACAGCAGAGGAGCUUCUUAACAAAGACUUUGCAAAGCUAGCUGAGACUGCUGCAGCUGGAGAGAAAGCUGCGGGAUCCAAUGAAAAUCUCAUUCCCAGCCUCAAUGCCUUUCCAGAGAAGCUGAUUGAGGGACAGAAGUCCCCUGAUACUUCUCUUCUGCUCCCUGACCUCUUAACCCUGACUGACUCCUUCAACACUGCUGCAGAGAGCACCACAAAUGUAAAGGCAGAGGUGUGUGUGGACUCACUGAUUCCUGGUUUGGAGGCUCCCCAGCCCCAGAGACAUUUGGGCCAGCCAGAGCUCAUUCCUGCCAGUGUGCCAGAUUCUCUCACUGGGGAGGAUUCUCUGCUGGGUUGUGAUCUGUUAUCUCAUACCUGUCAUGGAAACCCAUCUGUUUCUGUUCUCCCUUCUUCUUGCUCCUCUGCUCCUCCUGGCGCUGGAUCCUGCCUGGAGGAGCUGCCAGCUGGUCAGACUGCUUCUGACUCUGCUUUCCUCAUGUCGUGUGGGGAGAAGGGCAAUGACGACGAGUUUGAUCCUAUUCCAGUGCUCAUCUCCAAAAACUCAAAUCAAGGUGGUCACUCGCGCACCAACAGUGGCAGUUCAGAGUCCAGCAUCCCCAACUUGGCUCGCUCCCUUCUGCUGGUGGAUCAGCUCAUCGACCUCUAGAGGGGGUGGGAGAGGUCGAAGGGGCAGUGUGCAAUCCUAACAAAGGGAUAUGGGGGGAGGGUUGGGGGGUAAAGAUGGGCACGCAGAGACACUUAAUGUAGCACCUUAUGAGGACCAAGAGGAGCCAGUAUUCUCUUUAUGUGCCUCCUUGGCCUCAACUCCAUCUCUAGUUGCCUGAUAGCUGGUUUCAUAUGUCUCUGCUAGCCGCUGACAUUCCCACACUGGUAAAAAUCUUUUCAUUAAUGCCUGAGCAUAUCGUCCGCUUCUGUCUUGGCUACACCAUGGUCUUCCUCAUGCUUUCUUCUUACUCCCAUUAACAUCCUUCACAGAGUGCACGGCCAUAGUCGACCAUCAUCGUAUGCACAUGUUAAGCAUGGUUAUAUGUGUCAGGGGUCUGACUAAAGACUGUAGAAUGCUGUAGAUAAUUUGAUGCACUUUCCUAUGAGAGCUUUGAACUACUGACCAAACAAAGAUGCAACCUGGAGCUGCGCUUCUGUUCGGAUUGAACCAGUUUACAUAUAAAAGAAGUGUCAGUUUUGGAUAGGUUUUAAAGAUUUCUCACACUGUUGGAGUGCGCAUAGUCAUGGAAAGUCAAAUCUGUUCAAGCCAUCAUGUGCCAUGAUUCCUUUAUAGAUCUAUUUGUCUAAACCAGCUAUUCCCAAAGUCAAGAGUGCUGCAGCCCACUUAAAAACCAGAAAAUCCCACGGGCCCCACCCAGUGUUAAAUCUUCACUCUAAUCAAAACACGAGAGGGUGGUGUGUUUUUUCUUGACAUUUCUAUUUAAAAAAAGCAUAAACAGCCCAGGCUGUUUGCUAUAAAUUGCUAAUGCUGCCCAAUCACAUGCAAAGUGUCAUGGCCACCUGCCACUGGGACUCAGACUUCAAAACAAGAGCGUAAAUUUAGAUCAGAGUGAUGAAAAACUUCACAAACUCACCACCUCCGAUCACCAGUGUUAAUUCACUUUUAUAUAAAUAAAUACAUUUAAAUAUGUACAUACUUGUACAUACUUGAGCGUAAUUUCUGUUAUUACUGCAGGCACCUGUAGUACCUUUGUGGCCCACACUUUGGGAAUCACUGGUGUAAACCGACCAAGUGGCUUCACAGGCUUGAGCAUACCUGUAUACUGUCCCCUCUUUCUGGAUGUUAAGCAGCGUGUCUAGCGUAUUCUAAUGCUACACCUGUAAAUCUGUCAGUUGUAAUCAUUUCCUGAAACUGCUGAGGUCAGUGUUAAUACAGCUGGUGAGUUCGGCUCCAUUGCCACAGCACAGCUUCCCACCAUUGUCAGCAUUAUCUACAACACCACUAAUGCCAGCUCAUUCUCAUACCUGUGACCCAUCGUUGAGGUAAGCACAGCAGAAGUAAAAGGGAAUGAAGGUAUUUGACCUGUUCCGAUGCCAAAGCUAAACAAGACUCUAUUAUCAUGCUGUUUUUCCUCUGUGUUGGUCCGCUCUCAGGGUCGUAUAAAUGAGCAGAUUUUUAGCAGAAUACCACCGUCACAGAGAGGGAAGUGUGACGUAAAUGUCAUUAUUUUGUGUAGGUAUUAUGUUAAUGAAGGAACUUUACAUGAAAAUAUCCUUCCUCCCUCUCCCACUGACAUCCUCUCAAUCUUCUCUGGCCAAUCCUUUGUUACCAUAUACCAUAAAGUCAGUUGUGACAGUCUGUCCAGAUGAAAGAGAAAUGUAAAUAUACAUAAAGUAACACUUUUUUCUUUUUUCUUUUUUUUGCACUUGUCAGCAUUGGUAAAGGUAGAUUUUAGUGUGUAACAUUUUAUCAUGUUAUGAUUAAAAGUGACUAUUAUUGAUAGUGCUUUAGAAAGAAUGUAUUAACUGAGGACCAUUAUAAAAUAUGUAAAAAUUGUAUAAGGAUGUAUAGAUAAAACAUAUUUGUGUAUGAGGCUUUAUUUAAGAGUGCAAAACUGUCGACUCUGUCCUUCUGUCUUCUCUCUUAGUUCUUGUCAAACAUUUAUCUAGUGCUCACGGUUUAGUUACCAAACAAACAUGAGACUAAGUGCUUUUGAAUCGCUUGACUGGAUAGUAUGUGUUGCUCUCCAUUGCAGCUGUUAGGUUAUACACUAGUACUGGUACAUGUAAGUUACUGUAUAUGCCUGAAUAGAUUUUAUUUAACAGAGCUAAUGACGGAACUAACUUCCUGAUAACACUGGGAUACCUUUCACCUCUGUCUCCUAUAGUUCAUUAAAUAAUCAUAAGAAAG